AUGUGGUCUGCCAUCCGAUUGCCGCAUUAUUUCGGCAGACCACGGCCCCGCUCUCCGACUCUCGACUCUCAAUCCUCACGGCACCACUUACUCAACGACUGGACAGAUAUUGAAGAAAAUGGUGCCAUUGAGGAAGAAAAUGGGCAUCCAAGUGGAUAUGAACACCACCCCAAAGACGAGCCUUCGGAUCUAGAAGCGACGACAAAGUCUGAACGACAUGUUCAUUUUGCCGAUUACGAGAAGCCAAAGACAAGGACGCAAACACAGACUCAGACUCGGACUCGGACUCGGAUUCGGGCAAAGAUGUGCAGUUGCUUGAUAAGCCCGAGUAGUGCCAUUCUAUUCGCUGCGGUGUUGCUCUGCCUUGGUGUUGGAUACGUUUAUCGUUGGAAUAUUGAGACUGCGCUGCACCGAAGUUGGAUCCCUGAUGCAGCCAGUGAAAGAUUUAGCCAGAGUCCGCUGCCGCCACCUCCAGAACAUUUACAUAUCACAAACUAUACACUGCCUCUACGGACGAGGGGCCGGGAUGUUGUGGACGUCAAUGGUCGCCGUUUCAAGCUGGCCUCGGUGAACUGGUACGGCUCCAGUGAUGAAUUUUUCGUUGCUGGAGGACUAGAUAUCCAACACCGCGACGAUAUUGCAAAGACCAUCAAGAGACUUGGCUUCAACAGCGUCAGGUUACCUUAUGCUGACGAGCUGGUCAUGGAGAACCCAGUCAUCGAGGAGAGGCACCUUCGUGCAAACCCCGACCUGGUGGGCUUGAAAGCCCUGGACAUUUUCCAUACUAUCGUUCAAAGCUUGACGAAGGCGGGCAUUGCUGUGAUUGUCAACAACCACAUUACUAGUGCUACCUGGUGUUGUGGUGCGAAUCCCUGUGAUGCGGGCUGGUCUAACGACCACCUGGGUCCCAUCUGUCGUGUGAAGCAGACAGAAGAAGAAUGGAUUCAGCACUGGGAGACCAUUAUGCUACCGCAUAUUAACAACCCUCUUGUCAUCGGUGUUGAUCUGAGGAAUGAGAUCCGCGGUCUAUGGGGAACUAUGCCGUGGUCCAAAUGGGCACCAGCCGCUGAGAAAUGCGGCAACCGACUUCUUCAGAUGAACAGAGACUGGCUCGUCAUCGUCGAGGGCACAGAAUCCUCCAACGAUCUUUCCAGUGUGUGCAAGCGUCCUAUCCUCUUGGACGUCAACCACCGGCUAGUAUACUCAGCACACGUCUACGCCUGGUCCGGCUGGGGGAGCUGGGAGGGCCGCUUCCUCCAGCGCGACUACGCCUCGUUUGCAAAGACGAUGAGACACAACUGGGCGUACAUCCUCGAGAAGCAGAUCGCCCCCGUGUGGGUUGGUGAGAUUGGCGCGCCCGUGCAGCCGUCUGUAGGCGACGCCAACUACUGGCAGCACUUGAUGCGAUUCCUCGAGGAGAUGGACACUGAUUUUGGAUACUGGGCACUCAACGCGCGGAAGCCAAAGGGGAACGCAACGGAGAGGUAUGGGCUGUUGCAGGAUGAUUGGAAGACACCGGUGCUUGAUUACCGCAUGAAGGAUAUGCUGGGGCUCAUGGCCGCUUGA